GUGCCGUUCGAACUAGUGGCUUGCUUCUCCAACCUCCUCUAUAGUGUGUAAAAUUCACCGCUAGUUUACGGUUGAGUAUUCAGGGAAGUGUAAACAAUAACUCGAGCUUUUUAUAGAGAAGUUUCUUAAUAUCGCUAAACUGUAUGAAACGAGCACGGUGCGACGAAUAUCGCGGCAAUCCUCUCCGUGACAAGUUCAUAGUUGAGCUGGGUCGUAAAAAUUUCGUUAAGUUUAAGAGAACUAGGUCGGUCUCGUAAUCAUUCAGAGUAGCAUCUUAACCUCCCUUUUGUACCGUGUCACCAUCCCUUGAGGAAGCGUUUUUCCCAAUUAGGAGAGCCAUGAUCGAUUGCCCGAAUGUUUACCAGCAAUUCGUAUCGAGGGCGAGGCUCGUCGUCAAAAUGUGACAAUGUAUCAAACCCUGAACGAACGAUGAUAAAGCACGUCUAGCUCGUGAUUAUGGAGUAUGACUCUGCAUCGAACUGUGAAGGUCGUCUGAGAGAUUUCGAAGCUUCGGAGGAUCCACCGCGUUUACGAGAACCCCAGAGACUCGAAUGUGGGACCUGCACCACGAAUUCGACGGCAUGGCAAGCCUUGCAAGUAGUGGCAUCGCAGCCAAAGCUCAAGCUCGGGGCGACGAACAGAAGCCUCUCUUCCCAGGUGAUGGAGUAUUACCACAAGUAUUCACAAAACGCGAAUCUGGAUCAGUAUUUCUCAUUGCCCGCGACCAGCACGUCGCCGGAAGCGAUUAAAUGUUAUUACAGUAUAUACGAGGUAAAUUCGCAACCAGAGGCUAACAGACAGGAUUGCAUAGGCGAGGAGUAUAAUUUACGGUCCUACGUGCCCAGAGAAAGAAGAAGAUGGGUCAGGCCACCUCUCAUAGGCCAGUCCUCGAACACCGAGUCCACGUCUAGGUACGUUCAAUCACUGGCAAACCCUGAGUCUCUGUCGCCGGAUUUAAAACGAGUCACGCCAGAAACUAUUUUGGAGGAAAAGAAUGAGAGCCAAGAGAUAUUGACAGAAAGUGCUGAUAGAAAAACGUCUUCUCCGACUUCGAGCAUCGCCUCUCACAAGCCGUUGGAGUGGGACAGUGGAGCUGAUGUUGGUUACUAUAAUAUACUGCCUAGUAACAAACAGAGUGACAAAAAAUUGAGUACCAUAGAACGUAUGGCUUUGGCUAGGGGUUGCUCGGCUGCUUUGAGAUUAGAUCCCGAAGGUACUACGGAAUCAGGGAUUUCUGUGAAACUUGUUGGCGUUCAAAAGAAUUCAGCCGCGUCUGUGACACCUGAUGCUAAUUCCACUCCGUUGUUAGAGAACGCUUCAGGAUCGGAGAGCGAGUUGGAAAUAACUCCGAUCGUGAAGAACCACUUGCCCGGUAUUAUAACCGGGAACGAUAUAAAGUCUAAUGAGAGGUUCCCGCCGAAAAAUUCUAAGCCGCAAGAUAUUUUCGCGCAGUACCCGAAGAAGGAAUCGAACUAUGAUACUCCGAAAUCGGCAUUUGUGUCUAAAGUACCUCUAACGAAAUUGCUGACCGAGGCAAAAAAAGUACCGGCCAAACAAAACAAAGAAAAUAUAUACUCUCCCAAUUCGUCUUUGAAGAAGAGUACAUCGAUGAAUACGUUAGUCAUAUCGCCUUCUAAAUUAUCGUUAAAAAGGAGUCAGAGCGAAUUAAAUUUACAUGCUAGGGAUAAGAAUAAGGCCGCAUUGCCGUUAAUCUUUCACUCCUCGUCCUCGAUCGCCACCGUUGUAAAUAAACCUUCCACUUGUGAUAAAGUUAUACAGACGAGCUUGUACGCUUGUUCUCAAGAAUCCGUCGGAAUACAAGUUUCGGUUCUAGAGGAGGAGAAACCGCCGUUACCAAAGAGAGGAACUAGUUUGCAAAAGGGAAUGACGAAAAAUUCGAAAGGCACGUACAAAGUUGAGAAUUCGAAGGAUCCGGAAGUCGGGAAAACGCGAAACGCUGGUACCAACAAGGAAGCUAAACCCAAGCGACUCAGUUAUUCAGAAUUGUCGCAGAAUGGUUCCGCCACGCAAACGUCUCAACCCGAGGAGGCGGAAAACAUUACUGGGAGAGCGAACAGUUUCGAAUAUUUCCCCGGUCACGUAUACGAGAACGUUCCGAACGGAAGCGGCAGCCAUGUAUCGUCGUCGGAGACCGGAAGGUCUCAUUCCACUUUGCCCAAUACCAGUUCCAGUAUUAACGAGAAACUAUGGGGUGACUCGGACAGCCUGGUCAGAGAUUUAGAACGAAGCGUGAACAUUUUGAAGAGCCUCGUCGACGCGAACAAGUGCGACAAGGAGGUGAAGAAAAGACUGAUACAUCACGUGGUCAAGAGACUGAUCACCGCCAAGUACACCGACGAUAAGAUAGAACAUAAUUUGGAGGACAACGUCCCGUGGAAUCCGGACGACGCGAGGAGCAAGGUCUACGGCAGGGAGAUCCUUCAAGCUUUAACGAAGAAACACAACACGAGCGAUUCGUCGGCGGACUGGAACCCGCAGAAGGGAGUCGCGCGAGGGAAGACCGUGAGGAACGGCAGAGGGAUCGGCAAGGACGUGGCUCUGGAGAGCAGCAGCGAUAAAAUAGACAAAAACACGGAUAGGACCGAAACUGACGGACGGAAAGCGAGAAUGGGACUUAGAUCGGACGAUUGCCGUCGAAGCAGCAAUACUGUCACCGACAAAAGUGAGAGUUCCGAGUGCUUCUUUCCACAGAGAGGCCGCAAGAGUAACAAGGUGCAGGAUAUAUUUUCCGCGAAAGAGAGGUGCAAGAUCUCGCAGCAGGAUUCAACGACGACCACGACGGAUAGUAUGCAUGCACCGGAUCACAACCGAAUGUUGUUAGAUGCGGUUGUGAACAACCGAAGAGUUCGUUCGAGUAACACCGAGGAGCAGGCCGACUGGAGAUUGCUCACUACUUUCUCCGAGAGGCAGUUCGAGUUGAAGAAGUGCAGUAAUUCAGAAUCCGGAGACUCGAAGCUGGUCAGCUAUGCGGAGAUGGAGAAGAGGAACCAAUUGAUUUGGAUCACGAACGAGAUCAGCCAUUUGUGCAAUCUGAAGAAGUUGUUAGAGGAGUCGCGACGACCGGAGAGGCUACGCGCCUCUCCGAAAAAAUCAAGAUCGGAAAACUUUAAGACGCGAACGCAAGAAUCGUCGAAGGAAGAUUACUCGCAGAGAAACGGAUCGGCGGAAGAGCCGUGGUCGUCUCAUUGCAACUUAGCCGCGUGUCAGAUGUCCAACACAUCCAACAGCACUAUUCAACGCAUCAGGAAACGAAACAGUUGCGCGCAAACUGCGACCAACGUGACUGGUGCUCAUUCGCAAACCGGCGGUGAGAUCGUGUCAGCUACGAGCGUACAGAAGUCUACGGUGAAGCUCAUCAGUACCGGGAUGCAAACCGUGCCCCAGGAAAUGUCCACGAUUCCAGCUUUGAUACAAUCGGAGAUCGUGCACUACGUGAAGUGCCCGGCGCACAGUGCGAUGCAUUUCCCAAAAUACAACGAGCGAGCCAGCCAGUGUACGAAGCAUCAACAAAACGUGGUAACUGCUUGCAUGCAGUGUCUACAGGAGCAGAAGGACCAGUCUACCAGCGUUCAAAAGGUGCACGCUUCCAUAGAGAAUUUCCGAGAAGAGAGCCCGGUGUGUUCGCAAAUCACCGACCGAACGAACAGCCGGGGCUCGUUGGAGAUGGUUCACCACUGCGCGAACAAGGAGGUUCAAACCACUCCGCUGAAGCAGAAGGAUGCUAAAAAUCAGAUAAACGCGUCGAAGUCGAAACUAUGCGAUUGCAAAGGUGGCCACGUCUGCCAAAGCGUAUCGUCAAAGGGAUGUCAGUCGUGCACGUGCGAGAACGAUCAGCCGAAGAAGGGACGGGCACCGAUGAAACAUAGUUCAAAGUAUUAUCAUAAUAGUAACGGAUACGUGCCGAGCUUCAAUCAAAACGGAUACGUCAAAUUGUGCGAGUGUUCGAAUGACUGUUCCUGCGAAAACAGCCGCGAUCAAGAGGUUCACAUAGGAUUCUGCGGUUGUCACUCGAACGCAAAAGCUCGAUGCUUCCACGCAGAAUCUGAGAAUCAACCAUGGACUUACUGUGCGAGCAACGAGCAGAGCGGCAGUUCUACACAGUACAAAGUACAAAGCAACGCAAAAUGCGACUGCGAGAAGGAUUGUUUUUGUAGUAAUAGGGCGAAGAACGGGAAACCAAAUCGCGCGGACGAGGCAAAUCAAACCAGCGACUCCGAAAGGACUUGUAAAUAUUGUCAUCGCUGCGGUGUACCUUAUCAGAGCUUAAAGAGAUGCAAAUGUUCGCAAGCGUAUCCGAAACCGAUCGCGUACGAGUUGUCGUUCACGAAGAACGAACGGAAGAACGAGAAUUCGGCCGCGGUGCAUAAAGUGCCAUUAUCGAAUCGUACCGUUAACGAGGGUAAGACGGAUGGCUGUGUUUGUAACUUGAUUAAAAAGGCUGGCUCGAUGAUGAGUUCACCGCAGAAGAAUACUCUACAGGAUUAUUUGUCCAAAAACAAAGCUGACUUCGUAAAUAAUGCAGAAACACGUCGUCAAUACAUGUCAGAGAUAUCUCAUCUGCGACAACUGCGAAAGGAGAAGCGGAUACAAUUGUUGGCGAUGGCUAGUACGUCGAAUGUUCUCAAGUCUUCGAAAUCUUCCAAACCGCCAGCUUAUACGCAGAAGAAGAUGAGCGAUGAGGAAAUGAGAGAGAGGCUGCGAAAACGUUAUCUUCAUUUAAACGAAGUGAGACAGAAGCGACGGCAGCGGGAGAAACAAGAAGAAGCGCGGCGUAACAAGCUGAUGGCCAAAAUCUUUUGUAAGAAGUUGCAACAGAAGGUACUGAGGGGCCAAUACAAAGGGAAGUACCUUGGCAAACUGAACGCGUACCAUCAUCAGGUGGCUGGUGACGUUUACGUGGUCGACGAGUACACGUUGCUGUUGACUUCGUUUAGUUACGAUGGUAAUGGGGCCGACACUUUCUUCUGGGCCGGCGCGUCGAAUCGGCCCGGUCCUCAAGGUUUCAUCGUCCCAGAUGAAUGGGGCAAAACGAACGUCCUCGAUCGAUACUUUAAUAAGGAUUUCACUCUCACCUUACCGGACAACAAGAAAAUAACGGAUAUCAAAUGGUUCGCAGUGUACGAUCUGGGAAGCCAGAACACAUUCGGCGACGUCUACAUUCCCGAGGAGUUCGAGUCGCCGGCGCCGCAGAAGAUCUCUCAAUUGACCAAACGAUCGCACGGAGUGUCGUCCGAGUCUGUCGUGAUCCUCGAUUCGAAAACUAUCAAAAUACCAGAGUUCACUUACGACGGCCAGGGAAACGAUACUUAUUUCUGGGUAGGACUCGGUCCGCAGCCCUCGAGCAAGGGAGUCAAAGUUCCCGACGAGUACGGCUAUCUCGAUCCGAUCCAUACGUACAACGGCGAAGACGUGAUCAUCCAGUUACCCGGAGACAUGACCGUCUUUAAUAUCGAUUGGUUGAGCAUCUUCGAUGUGAAAACGAAAUCCAACUACGGUUCCGUUAUAAUUCCGCAUGGUCUGAACGUGCCACCUUCGUUAGUAAAAGUGAUCAAGCUCUCGCAGACGCUGCCAAAUUGUAUUCAGCUUCACAAACGGUUCCAAAUUGGCUGGGAGAUAUUCGGCCCGCAGAUCACUGUCCAGUUAGCUGGACAAGUCAGGGAAGAAGAGUACAUGGCUUUCGGUCUUUCCGGUUCUGAAACCUCUAGCCAAAUGGAAGGAGCGGAUGUCGUCGUUGCUUAUAUAGAUGGUACCAGAGGAUACGCGGCGGAUUACAACAUCACCGCGAAAGCACCGUGCGGAAAAGUUCUCGGUCAAUACAAGGGAGUCUGCAGGGACGAACUGCUCGGUGGUCUGGACAACAAUCAGCUGUACACAGCAGUGAGGGAAGAUGGAAUUAAUAUCAUUACUUACAGGCGUAACCUUAUCUCAUCUGAUCCGGGAGAUAAAGAAUAUCCAACGAAUCGACCUGUAUAUGUGAUAUGGGCCUUGGGAAGAUUGGAUGUUAAUAAAGAGCCGUCUUUUCACGACGUGUAUCCAAAAAGCGACUUGAAAUUGGAACUAGCUCGCCAGGAACCCGAGAACACGUGUAUGGAUUUCACGGAGAAUAAUGAUAAACGGAUAGAAUCUUGGGAGAAGGCAGAAAUAUUCGACACAGGCAUACGAACGUUUAAAGCUACGAUUGGUCCGUCUGGGGGUAGAAAGGGCUACCAGGGAAUCACAGGGCAAACGUCAACAGGUUUAGUUUGGUACAUUGAGGGACAAUUGGCACCUGAAUUGUACCUGCGACGCGGAUUGACUUACAACUUCCGCGUUCACGGAGGGAACAAUCCGCACAGUCCUAACUUGUAUCACCCAUUAAUAAUAACCGACGAACCUCACGGUGGAUACGACAAACUCAGCGACGCGGCGCAGAGUAAAAUUAGAGUUCUGGCCGGUGUCGAGUUCACGAGAAGAGGGCAACCAAGACCUACCGCAGUCGGUCCACUUUGCUUGAGCAAACACAACGAUCGGGACAGAAGGCUGGACGAUGAUUUCACCACGUUUAAACAUUUCAACAGAACACUUGUGAGCACGUGCGAACCAGGAGAUGGUGGAGUGUUGGAAGUGACGCCUAAUUCCACGUGGCCGGAUAUCGUUUAUUAUAAUUCGUUUACUCAUGCGGACAUGGGCUGGAAGAUACACGUGGUAGACUCAUACUCGAAAGCGAACAACGCUGUUACUCGGCAGCUAUCGUUAAUGGCAGGAAUAACGGCUGUGUUUUUUUGUUUGUUAUAAGAAUAGGUAUAAAUUAUUGAGAUUAGCGGUACCGUUGCUCUGACUGAUCCUAGCACGUAGAAUGAGAACACAGUUUAGUUCCUACGUAAACGGCGAAUCAAAAUCGGAGAACGUACAUGUAAUACAGAUCGUACGUUAAAUUUAUGCAUUGUAAUUUUUAUAUUAAUAAAUAUCUACAUUAUUAAUAAA